AUGCCGACCAACCUUGUGGCUGCCGCUGCAGCCUUCGCCCUUGGCUACGAGAAGCAACAAGUCGGCAUUGUCAAGUUGGCAAGCUGUGGAAACGAGUCCACGGCGGCCUACGUCAGCAACAACCGAACUCCCGUCCAGGAGGGGACCAUGUCAGCAUCUGGCACCGCCCAAGGUCCCACCAGGACCGGAGACAGCACGUCCCCUACGUUCACCUCGCCGACAGCCAAGGCAAGCGUUGCCGUCCAGCUCUCCCUCCCGGUGUUUGGGGUUCUGGCAAUGAUUGCUCUCGCUCUCAUGGUGUAG